AUGGGCCAGGCCGAACCAAGCACCGAACUCGCCCAAUGUCCCACCUCCAAUGUUUACACAGCGUCAUGUCUAGGUCCGGAAAAUUCAGCGCUAGAGACAAAGAGAGAUUCCCCAAGCGAUAACAUACAUGCGGUGCCAGAGGCGAACAUUGUGGAGCAAAAUAGUGACGAACCAACACCAAAGUCACUGGUCUUUAAACUCUCCUUUAUCGGUCUCGCUGCGGCUGUUUUUGUUUUCCAGCUUGAUGCAACAUGCCUUGGUAUUGCCCUGCCAAGCUUCUGGGCCAACAUGUCCUACUACCUUUGCGGCCUUGUUAUGCAACCACUUUGGGCCAGUAUCUCUGAUGCCUUUGGUCGAAAACCGCUUCUCUAUAUCUGCAUGGCCUUUUUUGCUGUAGGUUCUAUUAUUUUUGCCCUUGCCAAAAAUAUGAACAUGAUAAUUGUUGGACGAGUGCUUCAAGGAUUCGGUGGAGGAGGUAUUGAUGUUCUUGCUGAGAUCAUUCUAGCAGAUAUGACAACACUACAGGAGCGGUCACUCUACCUUGGAUUAAUGGCAAUUCCAAUGGCCAUCGGCAAUAUCCUGGGACCCUCUAUCGGCGCCCUUUUCAGUACUUAUGCCAGCUGGAGAUGGAUUGGAUGGUUUAAUUUGCCAUUUCUUGGAUUUGCCUUACCUCUAUUGAUCUUCUUCCUCCGCCUGCGACCUGUCCAGCUCGAUGAAUCAUUUACCAAGAACCUGAACCGUCUUGAUUGGAUAGGUAUGAUUUUCCUUAUAGUCGCCACCACUAUCUUUGUGAUACCUUUCAGCUGGGCCGGCUCCUUAUAUCCAUGGCGUUCAUGGCAGACCCUUCUUCCAAUGAUGUUAGGCGUCGCAUUGCUUAUCAUAUUUACGAUAUAUGAAGCAAAGCCUGCGGUGCCUGUUAUUCCUCACCGACUCUUUUACUCCAAGACUUUUAAUAUGUCAUUGGCAGGAUCAUUUAUACACGGGAUGAUACUAGUCUCGCUUCUAAAUUACUUGCCCUUGCUCUACCAGUCCGUAGGGCUGGAGACAUCAACUGGAUCGGCGGUGUCCCUACUGCCAGCUGUCAUUACUAGUGUGGCCGUUUCGGCUGGCUUAAUGAUGACUGUUGGUGCGGUUGGAGGAUAUAUAUGGCUUAUACGCGUUUCAUGGGUCGCAGUAACUGUGGGAAGUGGCUUACUAGCACUUUUCAACUUGGGGCCAUCAUCAUCAAUGCGGAUUAGUUUGCCCAUUCUCUGGGGUAUAGGAGUUGCUGGGCUCCGGCUUCUUCUUCUCCCUAUGCAAGCAAGCGUGAAGAAUAUAGAUGAUACUGGCCUCGCAAUUGCACAGCAGCAGGCUUUUCGCAUGUUUGGAGGUCUUGUGGGACUUAACCAUUGGGUCGACAAUAUUCAAUUCCGUCUUCUCGGCAUCUAUCUCUUCUAUUGA